CGGGCGGGCUUCCGCUGUCCCGGGCCUUUGUCGCGGGUCGGCCACCUUGGGUCUGCGCCCGGCCGUGUUCUUACCUGGAUUCGGGGCUUUGGGUCCUGGGCUCGGUGGCCUGGGCCACAGGGCUGCCGCCACGGCAAUGUCACACUCUACUGUCAAGAUGGACCUGAACUCACUGUAAAGCAAAGGCUUGCCUGAUGCUUACAGCAAUCCUCUGAUCUCUGUCUUCCAAGCACUGAGAUUUCUACACAUGAGCCACCAAUCUUCAGCUAUGUGUCUUUUUAAAAAUGUUUUCUUCAUCUUAUCAGUCUGUGUCUCUCUGCCUUCUGUGGCCUGUGUGUAAGACAGUAAAAACCACUGUGUAGCUCUGGUUUGGGGAGGUAUUCUUUCCUGACUGAGACCCCACCCAGGUGGAUGGUUAACACUGGAGGCAGAAUACCAGUUGCAGCUAUGCCCAGAGGUCUCGCUUCUUCCUGCCUCCUUCCAUCUCUCUCUGGGUCUUCUGCCAUCAGUUCUCUGUUAAGAUGGAAACUUGAACUUUUCCAGAAUUCUCUCUGAAACUUUGCUGCUGUGGGAUCAAGAGAGGACACUUUAUACCCCAGGAUCUAGAAAUGGAGUUGGUGUCAUUUGAAGAUGUAGCUGUGGACUUCUCCUGGCAAGAAUGGCAGUACCUUGAUAUUGCUCAGAAAACCCUUUAUAGGGAUGUGAUGCUAGAAAACUACAACAGCCUGGUGUGCUUGGGGCACUGUAUGAGCAAACCAGAGUUGAUCUUCAAGUUAGAGCAAGGAUAUGCACCAUGGAGUGUAUCAGAAAGCUCAGCUCAGAGGCAUCCAGCAAAAUUAAAACUUCAAGUGAGAAUCUUCUACACAAAGCCUCAUGAAUGUAAACAACUCCAGAAAGCUCUCUAUCACAAGUUACAUCCCACUCAUCAGAAUGCUCAUACGUGUGAGAAACCAUAUGAAUGUGAUGGGUGUGAGAAAUCUGUCUUCUGGAAGUCACAACUCACUCUUCACCAGAGAACUCAUACAGUUCGGAAGCCAUAUGGCUGUGGGGAUGCUUUUCUGAAGAAGACACAUUUCACCAUUCAUCAGAGAACACAUACAGAUGAGAGGCCACCUGAAUGUAAUGAAUGUGAGAAUACUUAUCUGAAGAAGUCAAGUCUCACUAAUCAUCAGAGAACUUAUUUGGGUGACAAACUGUAUGAAUGCAAUGAAUAUGGGAAUGCUGUCUUCUCUAAGUCACAACUAAGUGUGCAUCAGAAAACUUACACAGUUGAGAAGCCAUAUGCUUUUAAUAGAUGUGAGAAAACUUUCUUCCAGAAGUCACAGCUGACCAUUCAUCAGAGAACACAUAUAGCUGAAAAACCUUAUGAGUGUAAUGAAUGUGGGAAAGCUUUCUCUCAUAAUUCACAACUCAACAUUCAUCAGACAACACAUACAGGUGAGAAACUAUAUGAAUGUAAUAAAUUUCAGAAAAGUUUCUACCAGCAGUCAGACUUUACUGUGUAUCACAGAACUCAUAUGAGAGGGAGACCCUAUGAAUGUAAUGGAUGUGGGAAGACAUUCUUGACUAAGUCAUCCUUCACUAUACAUCAGAGAACCCACACAGGUGAGAAGCCAUAUCAAUGUAGUGAAUGUGGGAAAGCAUUUCAUAGGAAGGCAAAUCUCACUCUUCAUCAGAAAACUCAUACAGGUGAGAAACCAUAUGAAUGUAAUGAAUGUGGGAGAGGUUUCUUUUACAAGUCACAACUCACUGUACAUCAGAUAAUUCAUACAGGUGAGAAACCCUAUGAAUGUACUGAAUGUGGGAAAGGUUUCUCUCAGAAGUCAUACCUCGCCAUUCAUCAGAGAAUACAUACAGGUGAGAAACCAUAUGAAUGUAAUAAAUGUGAGAGAGCUUUCUCUCAUAAGUCACACUUCCUUAUUCAUCAGAGAACACAUACAGGUGAGAAACCAUAUGAAUGCAAUGAAUGUGGGAAAGCUUACUUCAACAAAUCAACACUUAAUGUGCAUCAGAAAACUCACACAGGUGAGAAACCAUAUAGAUGUAAUGAAUGUGAGAAAGCUUUCUCUCGUAAAUCACACCUCACCAUUCAUCAGAGAACACAUACAGGUGAGAAACCAUAUGGUUGUAAUGAAUGUGAGAAAGCUUUCUCUCAUAAAUCACACCUCACCAUUCAUCAAAGAACACAUACAGGUGAGAAGCCAUAUGAAUGUAAUGAAUGUGAAAAAGCUUUCUAUCAUAAGUCACACCUCACUACUCAUCAGAGGACACAUACAGGUGAGAAACCAUAUGAAUGUAAUGAAUGUGGGAAAGCUUUCUUCAACAAGUCAACACUUAGUGUGCAUCAGAAAACUCACACAGGUGAGAAACCAUACAAAUGUAAUGAAUGUGAGAAAGCUUUCUCUCGUAAGUCACACCUCACCAUUCAUCAGAGAACACAUACAGGUGAGAAACCAUAUGAAUGUAAUGAAUGUGAGAAAGGUUUCUCUUGUAAGUCACACCUCACCAUUCAUCAGAGAACACAUACAGGUGAGAAACCAUAUGGAUGUAAUGAAUGUGAGAAAGGUUUCUCUCGUAAGUCACAACUCACCAUUCAUCAGAGAACUCAUGCAGGUGAGAAACCAUAUGGAUGUAAUGAAUGUGAGAAAGGUUUCUCUUGUAAGUCACACCUCACCAUUCAUCAGAGAACACAUACAGGUGAGAAACCAUAUGGAUGUAAUGAAUGUGAGAAAGGUUUCUCUCGUAAGUCACAUCUAACCAUUCACCAGAGAACACAUACAGGUGAGAAACCAUAUAAAUGUAAUUAAUGUGAGGAAACUUUCUUCCAUAAGUCACAACUCAUCAUCAGUGAAGACAUACAGGUGAGAAACUAUCAAUAUGAGUGUAAGAGAGCUUUCUUUUACAAGUUGCAAUGCACUUCACAUCAGAAAAUUUACACAAGUGCAAAAACAUAUGCAUGCAAUUGAUGUGAGAAAUCUUUCUUCUGGAAAUCACACCUCACCAUUUACGAAAGAACACAUUUGGGUGAGAAAUCAUAGGAAUGUAAUGAAUGUGGGAACACUUUCAGCCAGAAGUCAACCUUCACUAUUCAUCAGAGAAUUCUCAUAAGUGAGAAGCCAUAUGAAUGUAAUGAGUGUUUGGAAAGCUUUCUUCUUCAAGUCACUACUCACUAUACAUCAGAGAAUUUACACAGUUGGGAAGCUGAAUAAAUGUGUAAAAGCUCCUUUGUGGAAGUCACACUUUAUCAUUCAUCAGAAAACACAUAGAGUUUGGAAGCCAUAUUAAUGUAAUGAAUGUGAAAAGGCUUUCUUCUGGAUGUGAAACUUCAUUAUACACCACAGAAUCCAUACAGAUGAUAACCUGUAAGAAUGUAUUUAAUGUAGCAAAACUUUCUUCAAGUCACUUCACUUUCUUCAAGCUCACUAUGCAUUAGGAACUCCUUCAGUUAAGUGUGUAUAUAUAUAUAUGUAAUAAAACAAAAGAAGGUUAUUGGAAACUGUUGUUUAGGAGCCCUGUGAGUGUAAGGAAUGCAAAGGAGAAUUUCACUGAGAGUCAUACGUCACUGUAUGUGUGAGAACUCAUACAUGUGAGAUAUGUUUCAAAUAAAGAACAAGUUUUCUUCCUGCAAUUUAGACUUUAAUUUAUAUGAUGACAAUAAAAUCAUUAAACCUAA